GCGAUUUCGGAACAAGCCGGCGACGGGCCGCGAUGAACGCGACGACGAGGUACCCGGAGUCGUACCAGGCGAGCUUGGGCAUGACGACGCAGCACUACGUGUCCAUGGUCAAAACCAUCUUCCUCGGGCUCUCGGGCGCAGCGCUCGGCGUCUUCAUCCUCGUCCUCUACGGGCUCUGCAUGAAGCGCCCGACGUGGUGGUACGGCCUCCUCGUGCGCUGGCUGCGCAUCUCGGACCCGGAUGCGACAACGUCUGCGAUCUUCCAGCGCUCGAAUGCGGCGCUGCCAGCCUUCCGAAAGCUCAUGGUCGAACAAGGUAGUGAUGUGUUGAACCGCUGCCGGAGCACAUUGCUUCCGUCAACAACCGCCGUCCACGCCAUCGUCUACUACCCUGGCGACUUACGAUCCAGUCUGGGCCGCUGGGUACGCAACGUCGUCGGCUUCACGAUCCGUGUGGAUGAAGUACCUAUUGAUGCGAGCGUUUUGCAGCAACAGCUCGCAACCUGCGAGGAGCCUCGGGCGCUCACGUCGUUUGGCGUCGAGUGGCGUGGCCCACAGGUCAAUCAAGAGCAGCUAGACGGCGUCAUGGCCGCCAUCACGGCUUUCUGUCCCAACAUCUGUGCUCUGCACUUCACGGCAGCUGCCUCUGGCAGCUUGGACAAUUGCGAGAGCCUCGUCGAGUGGCUGGAUCAAUCAAGAGCAGAGCAAUUCCAGCUCAAUGGCAUCAACUUUAGUCUGGCUGCUGCCAAGACCUUGGCGCAUGCGCUACUGGCGUCGCCAGGUCUUCAUAUGAUCAAGCUCGUCGACACGUCGAGCAUGCUUCGGUUCUUUCUCGACCCGUCGCUUGCACUGCCACCCCGUCAACUGCGCGACUUGACGAUCCAAGUCCAGGACUACUGGAGCCGCAUAGUCUUCCCCUCGACGCUACGGUCGCUCAAGCUCGCGAUGAUGAGCCUCGACCACUUUCUGCUGCAAUUGCCAAACCUCGAGCACCUCCAACUGCGCUUUGUAGAGAUGACACGAGCCGCGGUUGCCGAUCUCGCGGCGCUGCUUGCAGCGACGACAACGCUGCACCGUCUCGAUCUUGCGUACGCCCGCUUGCACGACGACCACAUAAAGACGCUCAUCAACGCUCUUCCAACGUGGCUGAAUCGCCAGCAAAAGGCUUGCUAUGUGCGCCUGGAUAUGACGGACAUGACGGCAGCGCUCCUUCCUGCUGCCAUCGCCAACAUACGCAAUACGCACGAGGUGCAGCUGGAGCUGCGCAACGUGGACGACCUCGAGCUCGCAGUGAGCCAGCGCAUCGUCACCGCGCUUGGGGCAACGUCGCGGAUCAAGGUGCGCUUUGCAAACGAAGUGUGGGCACCCGACGACGUCAAGGCCGCCUCGUUGCACGUCCAGUACUCGGAUGGCUGGUUUGUUUCGCCCCACGCGACAUCCUAA